GGGUUUAGGAUAGCUGUUGUUACAGGAGGAAACAAAGGUAUUGGCUUUGAGAUAUGCAAACAAUUACUAGCUUCUUCUAGUCAUGAUGUUCUUGUUGUAGUAACAGCAAGAGAUGAACAAAAGGGUCUCCAGGCUCUUCACAAGCUCAAAACCUUAGGUUUGUCUGAAAACACCUUUGUCUUCCGACAGCUCGAUGUCACAGAUCCUUCUAGCAUCACAUUGUUCGCAGAUUUCAUCGGUACCCAGUUUGGAAAACUUGAUAUAUUGGUGAACAACGCGGGCAUCACUGGAAUCUUUGUUGAUGAAGGGUCAGUAGCAAACUUAAAACCGCACCCUGGUGAGGAUACAGGAGUGAAGACUUAUAUGGCGAAGCAGGUAAUGUUACAAACAUACGAAACAGCCAAAGACUGCAUCCAAACAAAUUAUUACGGAACCAAACAUGUCACCGAAGCUCUUUUACCAUUUCUAUGCUUGUCGUCGUCUUCUCCAAGAAUCGUUAAUAUCUCGUCUGGAGUAGGGAAACUUGAGAAAGUUGAAGACAAGAAAGCCAGUCAAAUGCUUAGUGACGUUGAUAAACUCACGGAAGAGGUCGUGGAGGAGGUUGUGACCAGAUUUCUGUGCGACGCGAAAGAUGGUUUGUUGGAGGAGAACGGGUGGAAUGCGCCACUUUCGGCUUACAUUGUUUCCAAAGCUGUUAUUAAUGCAUACACUCGGGUUCUUGCAAUCAAGUAUCCGUCAUUUCGUAUAAAUGCAUUUAAUCCUGGUUUUACCAAGACAGACAUGACGCAUCAUAAAGGGACGUACACAGUUGAGGAAGGAGCUAGAGGUGCUGUGUGGCUUGCUUUGAUGCCCGAUGACGGUCCUUCUGGUCGUUUCUUCUUUCAAAUGGAAGAAACGACAUUUUAAAAUCGCACAUGGACUCAUAUUUCUUCUG